UGUGGGAGAGAGAGCACAGCAGGCUGAUAAUAAUCCACAGCGAGGCUGCCGAGAGGUGGUGCGGGACCCCACAGGAGGUACUCAGUACUUUCUCGCGGUUAAUGGUAAGCGCCGACUUGUGACGAUUUAACGUCAUCAGAUUAUUGCUGUAGACUAUUUCUGUGCACGUCUUGAUGCAAAACUAUGAGGAAGGGGAGUAUCUUUAAGGCGUAUAUCUUAGAUUACUGUUUACUUGCAAUUGAUGAACAGGGCAAGUGCAGAGGCUCCCAGAUGGUUCGAUUUCGAUGGAAACCCCCCCUUCUCGACGUUUAAUAUAGCUCACUGCGGGGUGCCGUGGCAGACGUCACCUCCUUGAUGUGGCACGGGUUUUCGGAAUGGCUCUUAAACUGUUCUCGCACUUAAACCUCAUCUCAUUCGCAACAACUCUCCCAUCGUAGCUGCCUUUGAGCCACGGGUCAAGCUCAUUUCGUGCCCAUUCAAUUGUCAACCCUGAAGUCUAUAGCUUUCACAUAGCUACCUCACCCCAACUUAAGCUGCACCAGCCCAAACCACCAGUCAAACAAUGUUCAAGCGUGUCACAAGGAGGCUGAGCAGGUCCUCACAAGAUCUAGAGGACCAAGCACCGCGAGAUAUAAACAAGAGCGUUAUGAUGAACAAACCGCGUCUGGUUAUUGCAGCUUCCUCUGAGACCUUCGACCAUGCAGUUAUCCACCGUUGGAGACACGAAGGCUUUGAUGUGCAUUAUGAGCACGUACAUGGAGAUUCUCGCUCUAGUACAUAUGCAGUAGAAGCUCACGGCGACAACUUAGAGCCGGGAGAGAAUUAUGCAAUCAUAGCAUACGGCGAAGCAGCUUCCGUUCUAUUGCCCAAAACGUUUCAGGCCCGGGGUAAACUCUGUGCCAUCGUUGCAUUCUACCCCUACGCCAUACCAGAUCCUAGCUCCAUGCCGCCCAAGGACCUUCGCGUGCAAGUCCAUCUCGCUGCCAACCAGAAGUUUGCACCCAAAUACCCACACUUCAGAUACCAAGGAACGCACCCCGGCUUCGACGAGCAUAGUAGGGACACAUACGAUCACAUUGCGUCGGGUCUGGCCUGGAGCAGAGCAUUGGAUUGUGUGAGGCGAGGAUUCGGCAUUGAUGUUGAUUUGGAGGAUAUAUGGGAACGCCAUCUUGCUCAUGAGUUCGUCACUCGCGACGCCGCCGCGACGAUAGAAACGAUGACUUCCCAUCCUUCGGUAGUCCACAUCCCCACCCUAACAGGCGGCGUGGGCAAGCACGAGCUCUUCCGCUUCUACCAUGAGUUUUUCAUCCCGUCUAAUCCCGCGAGCAUGCGCACUACGCUUCUCUCUCGCACUGUUGGCCCGGACAAGAUCAUCGACGAGAUGUUGAUCUCGUUCACUCACGUCCAGGAGAUCCCGUGGUUGUUACCGGGGGUGCCACCCACAGGGAAGUAUAUCGAGGUUGUACUCGUUAGUGUGGUUAAGAUUAUUGGCGGGAAGUUGGAGUCGGAGAGGCUUCAUUGGGAUCAGGCCAGCGUGCUUGUCCAGGCUGGACUGUUGGAUGCGAAAUUGGGUGCGGUGGGGUUGGGCCAAGGAGGCGUCACUAGACUGCCGAUUGUUGGUGACGAGGCCCCUCGGGUAGCGAUGGGGGGGAGAGAGGGAUCGGUGGCGUUGAAUGAGUUGAUUCCUGAAUGGUAAUAGAUGGAGGGUUUUAUAGUAGAGAUGGGUUGAAGUGAGGUGAGAUGUGGAACUGAUUAUUGGCUAUAGUGGGCAAAAUGCGGAUGAUAGAUGAUUGGUGAAGUUUCUGAUAAGUUAUUAGAUUUAACAUAGCACAAUAUGGCACA